CGUUUACUACUCGUCAGCAUCUACUCCCUAGUGUCACACGGACUAUCCACCUGUGCUUUUAAGUAAGUGAUACAUCAGUGUGGAAUUUAAGAACCAGGCAUCCAGCAGCAUGGAAGAGAACGGAUCGCAAGAACCACUGCCUCGGCGUAGCCACGGCGUCGAUCACGAGUCCCUGCAGCAGCCGCAGAGCGAUCCGAAGAGGAAGGGUGGAUGGAUCACCUUCCCUUUCCUCGGAGUCGCCAUGAUGGGGCUUGGUGUGGCCACGAGCGGCGCCUUGAGCAACCUGGUCGUCUACCUGAUCAAGAAGUACAACGUGCCGAGCGUCGACGCGGCCCAGAUCUCCAACAUCAUCGCCGGCUGCAUCAGCUUGGCCCCGGUGGCCGGAGCCAUCGUCGCCGACGCCUUCUUUGGCUGCUACCCUGUCGUCGCGGUCUCCAUGGCCUUCUCCGUCCUGUCCUUGGUUGUGUUCACCCUGACGGCAAGCCUGCACGGCCUCCAUCCGGUGCCGUGCCAGCCGGCAGCCGCCGGCCCUUGCGAGCCGGCAUCGGCCGGGCAGAUGGCCGUGCUGUACGCCGGCGUGUUCCUGAUGUGCGUGAGCGCCGCUGGCUCCCGGUUCAACCAGGCGACCAUGGGGGCGGACCAGUUCGACUCCGCAGGCGACCGCGACGUGCUCUUCAACUGGUUCUUCAUCUUCUUCUACACCUCCUCCGUGCUGGGCUCCACGGUCAUCGUCUACGUUCAGGACACGGUGUCGUGGACGCUGGGGUUCGGCGUCUCCGCCGCCGCCAGCGUGAUGGGCCUCGCGGCGCUGCUUCUCGGGUCGCGGUACUACCGCCGGCCAGCCGUGCGGGGCAGCCCGUUCACGGGGCUCGCGAGGGUGGCCGUCGCCGCCGCCAGGAAGAGGAAGGUCGUUGUCAACGUGGCAACGUCAGGGGAGCUGAAGUUCUACCACGGACGACGACGGAGCGGUGACGGCGACGACAAAGCUGCUGGCAAUAGUGGGACUGACCCUAUUGCUCCAAGUGACAGCUUCAGCUUCCUAAACCGCGCCGCACUGAUCACCGAUGGCGACACCAUCGGCGCGGACGGAUCAGUGGCCCGGCCGUGGCGCGUCUGCACCGUCCAGCAGGUGGAGGACUUCAAGACGGUGCUGCGCAUCCUGCCGCUCUGGACCGCGACCAUCUUCCUCAGCAUUGCCCUCGGCGUGCAGAUCAACUUCACCAUCCUUCAAGCGCUCGUCAUGGACCGCACCGUCGCCCGCUUAACCAUCCCGGCGGGAUCCAUGAUUGUCGGGUGCUUCAUCGCCGUGGUCGUCUUCCUCGGCCUAUUCGACCGCAUCCUCCUCCCACUCUGGCGGCGUGUCACCAGGCACGAUCCAACACCGCUGCAGCGCAUCGGCGCCGGCCACGUGAUCACAAUCGUCAGCAUGGCCGCAUCCGCCGUCAACGAGCGCCGGCGCCUGGCCACCGUGCACGCGCACGGCGAGGAGGGCGACCCGACGUGGGUGUCGCCGUUGUCGGCCAUGUGGCUGCUCUUGCCGUUUGCUCUGUCCGGAGCAGGUGAGGCCCUUCACUUCCCCGGCCAGGUGACGCUGUACUACCAGGAGUUUCCCCCGUCGCUGAAGAACACCGCGACGGGCAUGGUCGCCAUGAUCGUCGCGCUCGGGUUCUACCUGAGCACGGCCCUCAUUGGCAUCGUCCGGCAAGCCACGGCGUGGCUGCCGGACAACAUGAACGCGUCCAAGCUGGAGAACCUCUACUGGCUGCUGGCCGUGCUGCUGGCCGUCAACUUCGGAUACUACAUGUUGUGUGCCAGAUUGUACAAGUACCAGAACGUCGGCAAGUAGCUGGAGAUGUCAAGAUCAAGGCCGGCCAUGAGGCAUCACUCCUAGCAUUAUUGUGGCUAGUAACUUGUUGAUCUAUGCAGUGUGCUAAAGAAGUGAACAAGUCCAGCUGUGAAAUAAGAUAUUACCAUUAAAAAACAGAAGAGCUUUACAAUAACAGUGCGGACUUGCAGAGAAUUAACAAA